AUGGCCAAUGAAAAGGCAAAGGGAAAAUUCGAAUUUCUGAGACAAAAGUUUGCUAAAUACAUCGAAGUUGAGACAAUGAUACGAGAUAUACGCACAGAAAAUGAUGUUGAUAAAAUAAUGCAGUAUAUUGAAACAAAUAACGUCGAUAUCCAAUUUGUCAUUGGCAGAAUCAAACAUUGCGAACAAACACAUAAUUAUGGCAUAGUCGAAAUAUUCGAUCUUGUUGUUAAACUCUACGAAAAGUACAAAUUUCCAAUUUACGCAGAUACUCUCAAAGAUCGCAUAUUAAACCUAUUUUAUUAUAAAUACAAGUUUCCUUUCAUGGAGACCUACUAUUACAAGGAUGAUCCAGAAUUUCCAUAUGAUGAUUUCCAGCAUCUUUACUACGGAUAUCCGAAAGACUCAUGGCAAUUAGCAAUAGCCUUUGAUGACAUCGAUAAAUUCAAAACAUUCAAAGAUAUAGAUCUUAAUUCCGAAGAUCUACCGAUUUACACAAGAAGUCCAAUUAGUUUAGCUGCAAUUUAUGGUUCAGAAAAAUGUUUUGAUUAUUUAUUACAAAAAGGUGAAGAAAUCGAUGAAGAUACAUUAUUUGCAGCCAUUAAAGGAAGAAACAGACACAUUAUACAAAAGCAUUUAGAACAAAACAUAACCUUAAAUGCACAUCAUUUUGAAGCAUUGAUAAAUUGUGGAGAUUUUGAUUUGUUUAUGGAAUUAUUAACUAAAAUCAAAGAAAAAGACAGACAAGUCUCGAAAUUCUUUAUUUUCGGGACGAAUGUUAUUAUAUUCUUUUAUUGUUAUGCUUAUGGAUAUUGCGUUGAUGAUUUGUUGUUUGAUCUUCCUGAUUUUAGAUCAGCAGAAAUUAUGAAAUAUUUCAUUUAUGAAGAAAAAAUUAACAUCAACAUUACAACGAAAUGGAAUUUGAGUUUAUUAUAUUUCACAAUAAUCAAUGACAACUUUGAUGCUAUUAAACUUGUUGUUGAAAGAGGAGCCAAACUUACUGGUUUGAAAGAUGGAGAAAAUGCUCUUUUUUAUGCCGCAAGAACUGAUUCGGAAGAAAUUGUUGAUUAUUUCAUAAAAGAAAAAGGUUUAAAUCCAAAACAAUUUGCUGAAAAUAAUGAAUCACCUUUGCAUGUUGCUGUUGAUAAUUCUUGCAUGAGAACUACAAUGCAACUGAUUGAGAAAUAUAAUGUUCCUGUGGAUAUUUGUGAUUCAAGUGGUUUGACACCAAUUUUUUAUGUUUCUGAAAUCAAAGUUGCUGAAUAUCUCAUUCAAAAAGGUGCAAAAAUCAACAAAAUGGCUGAUGAUCAAUAUUUAGUUGAUUAUUUAUGUUCUUCUGAAAAACCUUUCGCUGUUAUUAAGUAUAUUGUUGAAAAAGGUGGAAAGUAUUCACCAAACAUUUUAAGUUAUGCAAUAACAACUGAAAACACUGAUUAUAUUGAUUAUUUUGCUAAAAGAAUUAAACCAAGAGAUAGAGAUCCACAAGAUCUUUUCGAUGCAAUUGAUACGGAAAAACCUGAAGUUGUUGAAUGUCUUUUGAAAAAUGGUUACGAUGCAAAUGUCAAACAUCCAACAUUAAUUCUUCCUUUGUUCCAUGCAAUCAAAGAAGGUUCUCCUGAUGAAAUAAUUGAAGUACUCUUGAAAUAUAAGGCGAAUCCGAAUGUGUUCAAGCCAGCAAAUGUAAGUAUCGUAAAUCUCGCAAUUCGUUGUGAAAGUGAAAACUUUUUGAAGAUUUUGCUGAAAUAUGGAGCAGAUUAUACAGUAAGAGAAAAAGAGAAUGGAUCAAGCUUGGAUUAUUGCAUGUACCAGAAACAAUCAAUGUUACCUUGUUUCUUGGAAUUCGCACCGAAUUUGGAUCCUUUCAUCAACACAAAAAGUGGGCCUUUGUUUUAUUAUUUGUGCAUGAAAAAUAAUCAUAAAGCUGUAAGCGCUUUGUUGAGAGGAAAGAAGUUUGAUAUCAACAAAUGCAUUUAUGGAGAUAACGCACUACAACUUGCCGUUGCAACUGAUUCUUUGGAAACUGUGCAGAUACUUAUAAACAAUGGUGCAGAUACUAAUCUCAAAAACCAAGAAAAUAUGAAUAUUUUGGCUUUGUCAAUUUUGGACUCCAAAAACCGUCGUGUUUUCAAAUGGCUGAUUCAGAAUUUACCAAACGCAGAAGAGCUUGCAAAAGAAAGAUCAUCUGAUGGCCUUACUAUUUUCGAACGUUGUUUGCAAAACGGAAAUCUUGAUUCAGCAAACAUACUUUUCGAAAAAGGUUGGUUUGCGCCUGAUGUUAUAGGAAACCUUGAUGAUAGUCUUAUUCCAAAGAUUAUGUAUCCUUUGCUCAAAAUUCUAAAAUAA